AUCAUUUUGCUUUGUGUUGUUGCUGGCGUGCGGACGUGUUUUAGUUUUUCUCCGCCGCUUUCCUUUGAAUUUGAAAAUAUAAAAGUGAUUUAAAUUGUUGCUAAUGAAAUAGCAAUAAGAGUGUUUUUUCAUUUAAGGUAUAUUUAAAUGAAUUCGUGCUAAUAAUAGAAAAGACGCAUUUGAAACAAAUUAUAAGGUGAAUUGCAUAUGUAUAUUUGCAUAUAUAUAUAUAUGCAGCCGGUGCAUGAAACACACACACACAUUCGCAAAGCCAACGAAACACAAAUGCAGCCAGCUACAGUGAAGCCUGGACAAUGGAUGUUGGCAAUGCACGCGCUCAGAACAACGGGUGCAAAGGGAAAAAGCGCGCACAAAUAACACUAGCACAAUAACAGUGAACACCGUCGCAGCACACACCAAACACAGAAACCCGAAUUGCCACUCAAAACACUUUCCAAAAACAAAGAAGAAACAUCAUUUUAAAUCAAGCAAGGAAAGCAAAAAACAUUAAAAGCGUAAAAAAAAAUAGAAAAAAAGCAUUAAAAGCGUAAAAAAAGGAAAAAAAAAAAAAAAACAAAACAUUAAAAGCGUCAAAAAAAAAAAAGAGGAAAAAAACAUUAAAAGCGUAAAAAAGAGAGAAAAAAAAGAACAGGAAAAUAUAGUCAUCGUAAAUCAUUGUGAAAUCUCCACGGAACAUUGAAAACCCAAAUAUCAAAACCACAAACAUACUCCAAUAACAAAGCCAUGUUCAAUUUUCAUAAGCCACGCGUCUACCGCUCUGCGGAUGGAUGUUGCAUUUGCCGGGCCAAGUCGAGCAGCUCGCGCUUCACCGCCUCCCGCAAGUACGAAAAGGAGUCGAUGCAGUGCUUUAAUCUUAACGAGCCUCGAAAUGGUGAAAUCUGCAACGCCUGCGUCCUUUUGGUCAAGCGCUACAAGCGACUACCCAUAGGUAGUAAGCGUCACUGGGGUCAUGUGGUGGAUGCCCGUGCUGGACCCGGCACCAAGUCCAUGGCCAAACAGAAGAAGCGCGACAACGCAGACGCGAAGAGCAGGGCCGCCAAUGGCAGUGGCAACUCAUUCCUGCCCGAGAAGUUCGCCAAGAACCGCAAGAGCAAGGAGAGAGCGGCGACUGAAGCAGCAGCAGCAAGACCAUCAUCAUUAUCAUUAUCGACCAGUGCUGUAAAUCGACCUAGCAGCACUUCACCCACCUCGGAUCAUCAGCACAGCGAUUCGAAUGAGAGCUACGAUGAUGAGCAGACGCUGCCGGCAAAUAAACCAUAUCAAACGCGCAAGCGAACCGCGGCUGCCGCACUAGCGACUGCCAACGAAUCGAAGGAGCCCAACAACAAACGUCCGAAGUUAACCGGCAGCUACCGACGUCGUCAGCUGGUGCCACAAAAGAAUCGUCGGUCCGUCGACAAUAUCCCCUUCUUCGAGGAAAAUGAUCUCGUUCGCCUGGAGGUCUGUUGCGGUGUGGUCUUCCAGAGUUUAUCCCUCGGCAGCACUUACUACAUCAUCGAUCCGGAGCUGUACAAACCGUGUGCGAAGCACCAGCGCAUACGCCACCAGCAGAUGCAGCUUCAGCUGCAACAUCAGCAGGCGGAGGCGGUAAAUGCCACUCCAACCCCCACGACCACUCCAACGGUCACGACCAACUCAUCGCCACACACCACUCAAGUUCAAAGUAAGGUGCCAACGAUUGGGCCACUUAAGAAGCAUCAUUUGUUCUGCAAGCGACAAUCGGGGUCAUUUCCGCAAGGUGAAAUCCAUAGCAUAAGUCCAAUUCCAAUGAGCAAGACUGAAACGGACGGCCAACCACUGUCGCCGAAGCCACAUUCCACUCUGUCCCUGAUCCUCAAGCCCACCGUCCAAAUGCAACAACAGCAACCACAGUCGCAGGCCCAGAGCCAAGUGGUCUCCGUGGGCGCUGCGUCGCCCUCGUCGCUGUCCUCCUUGUCCAACUGCUCCACCUCGUCCUCGGUGGCCACCAAGUUCAACGACAAUUCCUCGGAUUCGGGAUUCGAUGAGCAUGUGCUAGAGCGCAAGUCGGUCAGCCCACCAACGGACGAGUGCAAACUGCGCGGAACCACGGGUGGCAGGGUGCAGCUAAUCCUAGUCAGCGGCCUGCCUCUGGCUGGACAAUCUCAGAAUCUGAUGCUGGCGGGCAACGAGUUUACGGCACGUAUUGUGCAGCAAAGAGAAGCCGGAAUUGCAGCUGCAACCGCAGCCGGAGCCGGAACCGGUACUCCAUCGACAGGAGCAACCCCACUCAAAAUCAACGUACUUGGCGGAUCUCAGGGCAAUAGCAAUAAAAUGCGUGCUAUAUUCAAUAGCGCCAGCAGCAUUCAGCAUGAGAACGGCGUGACCACCAUUGUGCCAGCCUCCUCGUUGGCAGCCAGCAAUCAAACAGCUGCCAUGAACGCAAUUGCGCCGAGCACGGUGACUAUAACGCCGUCAUCGGUGGGCAAAAAGGUGACGGUGCCAAAUCCCAAGUUUAUCCUGCUGAAGCCAGCCAAAUUUGUGGGACCAGCAUCGGCAAACGAGGUAAACACAGCGACUCUGACGGCGGAACCACAUGCUCCUCCCCCUCCACAAGCCAAAAUCGUAUAGGCGAUUGAAAACGAAAGAGAGAGAGAUAGAUAGGAGAUGUCUAGCGUCUCGCAGGGAAUAUAGUAACCACCCUGUUACGUUUGUUAUACACUAAGCUAUUUAACGGCGACCGAAAGCCAAGCUCCCUUCCUUAGCCGCAGGUUCCAUAUCAUUCAAGAGUAAUAUUUAACAUUUCAAGGAACACCUUAGCCUAGACGUUACUUUAGCCUAGACUAGAGCACUGAACUACAGUAUGGGCGAAUGAGUCCACGCAAAACUCACACCCACACAGAGCCAUACAAAUUGUAACAAUUAUUAGUGUGUUAAUUGUUUAAUGUAGCGCCCCGGUAGCCUGUAGUUUGACUCCAACAAGUUCGCUCCUGGCGCUUCACAGGCGCUGGAAAAUCUUAACCGCCGGAAGUCACUUCCGCUGGCUUUGAUUUUCCAGCGUCAGUCAAGCGGAAGGAGGGACUUGUUUGAGUCCAACUACAGGAUACUGGGGGGCCCUUAAGAACAGAAUGGGGAAUGAGUCCACGCAAAACACACACCCACACACACACAGAACCAUACAAAUUGUAACCAUUAUUUGAGUGUUAAUUGUUGACUGUAGCGCCCUGGUAGCCUGUAGUUUGACUCCAACAAGUUCGCUCCUGGCGCUUCACAGGCGCUGGAAAAUCUUAACCGCCGGAAGUCACUUCCGCUGGCUUUGAUUUUCCAGCGUCAGUCAAGCGGAAGGAGGGACUUGUUUGAGUCCAACUACAGGAUACUGGGGGGCCCUUAAGAACAGAAUGGGGAAUGAGUCCACGCAAAACACACACCCACACACACACAGAACCAUACAAAUUGUAACCAUUAUUUGAGUGUUAAUUGUUGACUGUAGCGCCCUGGUAGCCUGUAGUUUGACUCCAACAAGUUCGCUCCUGGCGCUUCACAGGCGCUGG